GAGCCGGACCGCGCGGCGCCGGGGCCGCCCUGCAGCACAUGGAGGCACAUGCAGAGCCUCGCCUUCAAGAGGGACAAGCAGCGCAUGCGGCGGGCGCGGCUCAAGGAGUUGCCGACCUCGCAGCCCGCGGAGGCGAUCUUCUCGCUGCAGUGCGAGGGCGGCCGCAUGGCGGAUCACGAGCACGUGGAGCUGAAAGCCUUUGGCAGCAAGGGGAUUUCCGGGUGCCAACGACAAAUCAACGCCGCGGCCUUCCACGGACACAUCGCUGAUGCCUUCGAAGAGGCGCUGAACCAGACUCACUGGGCCAUGGCGGCGGACGCAGAGGACGACCGCGACGAGGACGACCUGGCCAGGAACCUGAGGCUCAAUGGCGCGGGCGACGUCCUGGUCCGGAGGGCGAAACACCUACGCUGCGCCACGUGGAGUCGGACAAAGCAUGCGUCGAGCUCGCACCGAGUCUCACGCAUGUCGCCAGUCGUCGGUUCCAAUGGCGCGUUUGGCGUCGACGGCCUCCACCUGCAGAACGCGCGCGGGAAGCCCUACCUGUUCCCGUCGAUCGUCGAGGCCUCCGCCACGUACCACGUCGCCCGCUACCUCAAGUAUCGGAAGCCAGCUACAGUUGCCAAGGUCUUUCGGGAGCUGCGGCCCGCGGGGUCGCCGAACGUGGCGAGGCUUGGCCCCGGCGGCGCGUUCUACGCCGAGUUCCGGCAGGCCAUGGACAUGUUGGGCAUCCGCGCCAAGGCCGCGGCCGAGCAGUCGCAGCGGCAGAACGGCCGCACAGAGCGACGCGGAGGAUGGCUCAAGCUCAUGAUCAACCGA